AACACUCUCAAUAUUUGCAGUUUUGACCAAAUCCAAGUUAAAACAGUCUCUAGAAAAAGUGUUCAGAAGUUAAUUAAACUUUCGUCAACUGUCUUUGUUUUACUUCUGUACGUAUGCUCCAUAUUCAAAAAAUUCUCAUUUUUUGUACAAAGUUACUAUAGUCUGUACUAUCGUAGUAUGUUCAGAAAAAUAUUUUCGUCUGCUGUAUUCAGUAGGGCGUGGCCAAAUAAAAAUUUAAAGUUAACAUGUUUUCACAUACGAGUGCAGUGGAGUGCCAGUUCUGUCGGUAAUUUUCUUCUAAUUUUACGGGCAUUGCAUUAUUUGCAGUAACUGUUGAUUUCUGGCUUCCUGCAGCUGUCGAGUAUCGACGUUACCCACGCCCGCAUGCCGUGCCUCUGCUUCCGAAGUGACACAUUUUCAAAAAUUCGUUAUCGACUUGUUUGAAAACACAACCGUAUAAAAUUGUCUGUUUUUACAACUUUGCACUAUGUAACUUUAACCUUUAACCUACGUAUUGAACAACUUUAACCUACGUAUAUACAGACUGUAGUAAUUCACAAGAAAUUUUCGAAAAUGUGCGCUCUGGCAGCCCACCGCACGCUGGCGUCGGUUAUGCCGAUGCUCAACAGCUGCUUCAGUGACGUACCGUGACUACCGUCCACGCUUUAAGCUGCAAUGCCCAACAUCGCUUCUUGGAAUCUUGGGUCACUUAGAGCUGACCAUGCACAGCCAGGCUCAGCAUGACAAAAUUUCGUUAUUAACAAAAUCAUUGCUGCAAAAACAAAAUAAAAAUACCGAUAAAACCUGUACCCCGUGUCUACAACUAGUUCCAUGUAGGUGCUGGUAUGUGAUAACAUGUAAACUUUAAAUUUUGUUUGGCCUCGCCCCAUUUGGUCAGAGCAGAUGAAAAUAUUUUUUGAACAUACUACGAUAGUACGUACAGACUAUAGUAGCGCUUUCCUGCCGGUAUCUGCACUGACUGACAUAUGAUUUUUGAAUGACAAUAUAUGUGCCGAAAUACCCUUAUGCCGAAAUGCUUGUAUACCGAAAUACCGUUUUAUAUGUCGAAAUCGCAUUCCGCGCUGGUGGGCUAAAGAAAACGCCAAAACGGCAGGGGCCACGCUCUGGUCUGUUAGUAAACCGAAUCAGACUCGACCGAUCGUUUUUUCUAAAUUUACUUGGGGAGCUACUCGGAACACACAUAUCGACACCACAUCACACAGAUACCAGAUUUGCUCGAUUUUGAUUUAUAUAAAAUCGGCUUGGAAGAUUUAUAAGUGCCACCAAGUGUAGUGGCAGAAUGGCAAACGGACAGGAUGGCUACGCUUCCUUUCAGAAAACUAACAGGCAUGGGAAUUAACGAGAAUCGUGACUUGUAACCUUUCUGUGUGCGCAUGAAUUAGAUCAACCAAUCCAGCUCGCGUAACUUUGUCGUAGAAAAUUUUGACAAGUCCCGUUUUUCUCUUGAUAAUCAUUAUAUGUAUGAAGUCAUAUUUUAAUGAAUGUAUGUAUGAAGUAAUGAAUGAAUGUAUGUAUGUAUGAAGUAGUUAAUGAAUGUAUGUAUGAAGUCCUAUUUUAACUUUCCUCCACAUUUUCAGUUACGCUUUCAAUCGAUAUUAUGAUUUAUGACGAAAUAGUAUUACUGUAGUCUCUAACCGCCACAUGGACUUGCACCACGAGUUUGUGUACGGUGUCACCGUGAAAGUGUUACAAGGUGCUCACCGUUCUAUUUACGUGUGCGAUGCCCGACAGGGAAAGACAGUGGCCGGAUCUGACAGUGGUGCAAAUUUUUCUGGCGGCGACAGUAUGUUUGCAUUCCGAUAUGGUUUUGAACAGAGUGUGACCUUUGAUGGUUUGAACAGAGUAUGCGCAUUAUGGCAGCUGCUGUUGAGCAGUCCUGGCACAACGGAGCACAUCCGCCUAUGUUUGGACAGCAUGACUAAAGAAACUACGUCCGACAACUACAACUGCUUCGCAGUGGCAGCGCUGCUGACUCGCACCAUCAACCCAGCGACCAAAAGCUUGACGAUAAUAACAAGAUCUCUCGGCGAUCGGGCGCUGUUCCUGGUUUUCUUACUGGAGGCCAUGAAAGCCGUGAAGGUUCGCUUGCCCUUGGUCGUAUUGAAGGACUUUAUCAUGGACAGCCGUGGAACGUGCAUCAGCAUCACUAACGAAAAAUUUGACUUGACACAUCAUGUCACAAAAGCUACAGUCCUGUUUGAUUACUGCUGUGAUCGCAUCGUAUGGCAUAACUGGAAAGUCAGUAAUCUUUUUGGCCCCCCAAUGUAUGAAAUCUUUGCUAAAAAAGGAUUUAUGGAUUUGCUUCCUCUGCCACCUCGGGAAAAGAAUUUAAUGCUGCCUCUCGGAAGGGACGACACGCUGACCAUUGAUAAGCUGGAAAUUACCGUGCCACGGCUGGUUCUUGGCUGCCACGAAGGCAAAGGUUACAUGGUCAGCCGCAUCAUGUGGGCCGUCAAUGCGCGUUUUCCGCCGGUUACGGACGAAAUGCAGGCAAAGGUCAACGCCAUUUAUGCGCGUUGGCUGCGCGACCUGUUGGAGCCAAAUGAAUGGGACACCAUUCGCAGCUACCUUUCACUGUUCAGCGGUUUUCACUCAGAGGGCGAACCCCGCUCCUGGAUGAACGUUGAUCUGGCACAAGUGGACACGACCCAGCUCAGCAAAAUGGCACUAUAUGGGAUCAACGAAAUAUUCAUGUCUGACCAGUAGUCAAAACAUGCCUUGACGCACAAUAUGGAAAUAUAAAUAAAAAGCUGAGUUGACCGGAUUCGUUCGGUUUGGUUUGGUUUAGAAGCCCUGCGAUGGGAAAACACUUGGGUGGAUCGUUGCCGUUGUUGGCGACGCCGUCGUCGUCGAGUAAUGACGACUGUCGUAUGCGGCAGUAUUAUCAUGGCAAAACAAAACCAUGGCCAUAGUACCGGCUUUUCAACAUCGGGAAACAUUGGCAAAUGUGUAAUACCGCUCGCUUAACUAUCUAUUGAACUAUUUUGAACAUAGCGAACUAUUCUAUUGAACUAUUCCGUAGCUCUCACACAACCAUUAAUUUGAAGUUACGGAUAAUGUUGAAGGUUGGUUUUUCGUAAUAAUUGUGCUUUCUGUGAGCACUUGAGUGACCGCAAAAGAAUUGCACUGGAAACGGAACGCCGCUCACAUUGCAAUAAGUCUGCAUAUCUUGUGUUAAUUACUACGUAGUUUUUAAAGCAGGCAAACGCUCCAGAUUUCGACAUAGGACGUAAAUAAUUGAUUUUUAUUGGUGUGAUGUCGACAUUAAAUUUUGCCGGUACAUCCGGAUUCGGUAUAUUCGCUCGAUACGUUUGGUAUACUUUGGUAUGUUCGCUCGAUACUUUUGGUACGAUCGCAACGGUGUGUGGCUGCAAAUCCUGCAAUGCUAGCGGAAUAUUGCGACCUUCACUGCCCUACCAUUACGAAACGGUACAUUAAAUGUUUCGGUGAACAGCAGAAUAAAUUUUUUUCAACAAUCAAAAUUUUAAAGCUAAAAAAAACUUAUGACAUGAUUAAUGCCCUCGUAAAAACGUUUUUGAAAGUAUGUAAGAGUGUAUUUUAGUGUUAAUGGCACUUAAGUAUUUUCCUACUCCUGUUUCACGGUUGCGAUAUAGUUGACAUUUGACAACGAUACUAAAAGGCGAUUAUGUGCGUAAGUGUCGGUGCUUUCCUUUUCCCCACGGAUUUUUUCUUUUGAAAAUGUUUUGGAAGUCCGAUAACUACUAAGUUGUGUGGGUUUUGGUUUUAUGCAUCGACUCCAGCGCGACCGUUUCCCUCCCUUUUUCCACAUAGGUAACACCAACUUUUCGCAACCACAGCGCCAACUCUCUAUACCUGUUCAUGUGUUAAUAUAGCUAACGCUUGUUGUUUUGCCUUUGUGUUCCUGCCUAUUUUGUAUAGCUUUGAGUUGACCUUCAUGUUUUCCUGUUACUAUUUUCAGUAUUUUGCGAGUGGACUUUAUUUCUCAAUAUGUACAAAG